CAGCAGUUACAGGAACAGUUUUUCUCUCCUCAAACAAGGACAGACAAGGAAUAAUUUCUUUUUAAAGAACAAAAACAACGCAACAGCAGAGAAACAAACAAACAAACACCGCCACCACCACCACCACCCACCUCACAAAAGACCCCCCUCCCCUCAUUUGCAUACACUUCUAAGGACCAACAGCAUCUUGGUCAUCAUCAUUAUCAUUAACAACAGCAAGGGCCUUGUAGCAUCUUUGCUACCCCCUCCCUGUCUCUCCCUCUCUCUCUCUCUCUCUCUCUCUUUCUACACUUUCUCUCUCUCUCUCUCUCUCUCUCUGUGUUUCUGUCUGUCUCUCUCUCUCUGUGCCAACAAAGUUCUCAGCAAAUUCUACAUAAACACAUAAACACACACAGAGACACACACAUAUAUAUAUACAUCCAUAUUCAUCCCUAUAUAUACAUACAUAUAUAUAUAUAUAUAUAUACACUCAAAGAUAUAUGUACACAGAGACAUACGUUUAUAUAUACACACACAAGCAGUUGUACAUGCACACAAAUAUAUACACACAAAUAUAGACAUACAAAGAUAUACACGCUCAGAGAUAUACCCCAAAACAUUUAUAUACACUCGCACACAAAUAUAUAUAUAUAUAUAUAUAUUCACAGAUAUAUAUAUAUAUAUAUAGACGCCAGGAUAUAUAUAAACAACUAUAUAUAUUAUACAUAUAUAUAUACAUGCAAAGAAAAGUACCUCUAGGAAACUUUAAGCCGUACUGAGGAUUAGAAACCAAAACAGCUGGUUUCAUUUCUAUAUCAUUAUCAUUAUUAUUAUUAUUAUUAUUAUUAUUAUUAUUAUUAUCUUUAUUCCUAAUUAUGAUGGUGAAAGCAUUACACUUGCUGUGGUUGUGUCUUUCAACUUUGGUUCUUUUCAUUCCGGAAAGUAAUGGUUCUGGUCAAAUCAGCAUCCGCUUCAGAAGUUAUGCCAACAGUGGAGGCAAGGGGAGCAAUGGACAUUGCUGUGACGGUCGGUGGAUCAUCUGUGGGUCAGCCUGUGAUCACCAGUUCUCCGUGUGUCUGGAUCGUCAGCACGGGAAUCAAGACAUGGGCGCUUGUCCAUUCGGUUCACGUCAAAGCGGUGAAAUGACGGACCAGGACAGCAUAACAUUUGGUACCAGUAUUGGUGGGGUGAAGAACCCUAUGCUUUUUAAAGCAGACAGUGUACCGUUGUUUAGUAAAUUCUUAUCUCUCUCUCUCUCUCUCUUGAUGUUAUCAGGGUGGACGUCUGCAGAUUGCCUUGCCAGUGUGGAUGAUUGCGUCUCUCAUAAAUGUGAAAAUUAUGCCACUUGCGUGGACAAAUACUUGGGCUACACAUGUGUUUGUCCAAAAGGGUACACAGGUCAUUUUUGUGAGACCGAGAUAUUAGAAUGCUUAUCUGACCCUUGUACCAACAAUGGGACAUGCACUGAUGGCCGUGGAACAUUCCAUUGCAACUGUACAGAGGGGUGGGCAGGAAUCACCUGUGAGAGUAGCAUCAACGACUGCCAGCCGCAUCCCUGUCAGAACAACGCCACCUGCAUUGACCAACACAUGGGUUACCUCUGUGAAUGUAUGGAUGGUUGGGAGGGACAGGAUUGUGAGAUUGAUAUCAAUGAGUGUGACAGCAACCCUUGUGUUGGCUCAGCGACAUGUGUUGACCUGCAGGCUGAUUUCAAAUGCAUCUGUGCGACCGGUUAUACUGGAGAAUUAUGCCAGGUGCAGAUCAACGAAUGCCUUGAUUCCAUCGACAACCCAUGCGAACACAACUCCACGUGCCACGACACAGAUGGCAGCUACACAUGCGAAUGCGUUGCCGGUUACACAGGCCAGAACUGCGAAACGAACAUCAAUGAAUGCGCAACGGGUGCGUGUCAGAACGGGGCCAUCUGCCUGGAUUUCGUCAAUGACUUCAAGUGCGUGUGUGUUCAUGGUUGGACGGGCCCGACUUGCAACGAGCGGGAUCUCUGUUUGGACAACGAGUGCAGCGAGAACGCCACCUGUAUAGAGCGGCAUGAUCAAUACGAGUGUGUAUGCUCCAUUGGUUGGGGUGGCCCAUUGUGUGACAUGAAGAUGAUACCCUGUGUUCUGAACGCCUGCUCAAAUAAUGGGACCUGUUACCAAGAAAACCCUACUCUAAACAGUCAGGGACAUUUCACAUGUAUUUGCCCAGAAGAUUGGACAGGGCCCACCUGUGAGAUACCGAUGUCAUUGUACCUGCCAUCCACACCACAACCUCCAGGUUCAAACUCAGCCGAGAUUUUCCUUAUUGGAGACAUAGAUGCCAUUGAUGUGUCCCUGGUGAAGAGAGAUCUGCUGGACCUACUUUCUCAUCAGGUUGGCCUGAACAAAGAACAUUUGGACAUAGAUGUUGCAUUGACCAAAAUGACUGCUGAAGAUGACAUCAGUGUUGUACGUGUCCUAGCAACGGCAUCGACCGACAUUCCAGAUGUGGACACAAAGCUGGACAAUCUGCAAGCGUCGUGGGAAGAAAUUCCUCUCUACAUUGUCGAGCGUGACAUGACUUACCCUGUGUACAGGGGGCACUUCGGAACAGGCGACAGAAACCCAGAAAACGCACCCACAGAGAAUUGGGCUCAAUCUUACUGGUACAUCAUCCUUUUGGUUGUCAUAGUUACCAUGUUUGUAGUGUUUGUUGUCCUGGUGGCCAUCAUGAUACUCCGGCGGCGUGCCAAAAAGCUGUGCCCAAUUGUGAACAUCGGACAUCCAGUUCCCGUAUCACCUGACCAUAGCAGUACCCCGAGGCCCGAAUCAGAGACGGAACUCACGCCACAGCCGAUCAGGAAGGGCGAGCAAUCGUUCGACAACCAGCUUUACAUGGGUUACCACUUCACAUCUGGAAUCGUGCCAAUCCAGGUUCGACUUCCAAACCAGUCCACUUCUCCAAGCCAGCCUGAAAGUCCAGAGCCUUACCGCAGCCUGAAGCAUGGUACCAAAAUGUCCUCGUUUUCCUGCAAAGCCAGACCUGCCGUUGCUGUUAACAAGUCAAACAACAAUGACGAUGGAUGAAGCCACUACAUCAUUCUGCUUUCGCCACCAACCUGCUUGUCUGCCAAAUUUUAUCUGCCAGCAUUCCUUGACCAAUAAGCCAUCUUCGGUGAUCUCUCAGCUUGUCUGUCUAUCUGUCUGUCUGUCUAUUAAUAUGUUUGUGUCAAUCUAUUUGUCUACCCA